AUGACUGGUGUUGCAGGACCUCAGACCGUGGAUCCUCAAACAUUACAACAAAAGCUCGAUGAAUUCGACACGACGCCACUUUUCAUGAAAUCUCUCCCCGAAGAUGCUCCAAGCAAUCCAACGAUAGCAGCCUUACAGAGCCUGGCCUACGAAGGACCUCCGGAUGAGGUUGCUGAUAACUUCAGGGAACAAGGGAAUGAAUACUUCAAAGGGAAAAAGUACCGAGAAGCUCUGAGUUUCUAUAAACAGGGUAUUGAAGCCAAGCCGACGGAUAUCGUUUUGAAAGAAAAGCUCCUGUGUAACAUGGCUGCGUGUAAUUUAGCCCUUCAUAAUUAUGGUUCAGUGUUGAGGGAUUGUGCUAAUGCUUUGACCGUCAAUCCUAGAUCAUUAAAGGCACAUUAUCGGUCGGCACAGGCUCUAUUGGAGCUGGAGCGUCUUGAAGAGGCAAUCGAUUGCUGUAAACGUUCUCUGGCGAUCCGGGAAGAGAAAGAAAUGAGAGCUCUGCUUGAAAAGGCCGAGAAAAAUAAAUCCGAAAAGGAACGAAAGGAGAAAGAGAAGAACGAACGGAUACGAAAGGAGAGGUUGAUCAAAUUCGGGCUUAAGCAAUCUCUCCAGAAACGAAACAUUCUUGUCAAUUCACAACCUAAUGCCCCCCCUCCAGAUAACUACCCUUACUUCGAUCCAGAAGAUCCAACCUACAAAUCUCUCAUCAUCCCAGUUCACCUCGAGUACCCAGAACACGGUACAUACGAUGUCAUACCCGAAUUCGUUGAGCACACGCCCUUCUCAGCACACCUAGAAGUCAUGUUCCCCCCAAAAGGUCAAUCGCCUACAUGGGAUAGACGAGGAACCUACGUGGAAGGAUCAUUGGUCGUUUAUGCGAUCACUAAGCGAAAACGGCUUCUGAAGGUCGGGAAAAACAUGACAUUACGGGAUAUCUGUAAUGCCGCCAUGCCCAAGGACGGUGCUGUCGAUGGUCUGGAACUGAACGAUGGGCAUUUGACAUUCGCGAUCCUGGUGAAGGGAGACUUUGAGAAGCAAUGGAUUGAAGAUUUCAAGCGGCUACGAGCAACGAAAUCUUGA